UCCCAGGUUUAAAAAUUGUUUAAUGUUUUUCCAAACAAAAUUUUUAUUGUGACCUAAAAAAAUGGUAUAAGCCAUCUUUUCGACUUUUUUUAGUAGAAAUGAGUAAAAUCUAUAUUAUUUAGUUUAGAUUAUAUUUAAUUAGCUAAAUCCAAAAACGCAAAAGUCAGAUUAUAAUGUUUCGUCGACUUUUCAAAUAUACAGUAUGCGUUUUUCGCCGUUAUCAUAGUACUUACAAAUAGUUUAGAUAUGAUUCCUCGCCCGUCCACACUCUUCCGAUCAAGCAGUUCAUUUUCCACUGUCAGUUGCAUUUCAUUUUCCAUAUCAGUUCGUUAUUGAAGUCGAAUAUUUGCAACAAAAGCAAACGAUAGUACUGUCGCAAGUAUAAUUUAUUCAAUAUUUUUGUUCAAGAAUUAACUUGCGACAAAAAUAAUUAAGCUAUCAUCUCUUAUAAAAAAAAUUGUGCUCAAGUUAAGUUGUCUGGUUAAAAGUACCUAUCGUUAUGUGAGAAAAUAUAUCAUCAGAAAAAUGCAUAUGCUGGAAAAAAAUUAAGAGUACAUAAAUUUCAAAGUGAAAAGGAAUUAAAGAAAAAGAAAAAUGUGUUGAGAAUUAAUUAUAAGAAGUAAAAAGACAAAAUUUAAAAUAUAAAUCAAGCGUUUUAUUUCAAAAUGCUUAAUAUUUAUAUAAACUACAAAUGGUGAAAGAUAUAAUAAUAUCAAGUGCAAUAAAUGUGGUUUAUUCUUGCUCCCAAUAAUAAGGAUAAAAUAAGUGAGUUAGUUCACAAAAGGCCUGUAAAAUUGUUUAAGUGCUGAUUUGAUUAGAUAACCAAAUAAUCAUUUUUGUCGUAAAGUUGUUAUAUCUGUGCUCAGCUCAUUAAAAUCUUGCAAAUAUAAUGCAGAAUAGUAGUAAUUCCAACCGUCAAGGUAAAGAGAAACGUUUCUCUAUUCAUGAUGCAUUCGAAGAGGAGACAGACGAGGCAAUACGUGUAUAUGGUUCCACGGUAAUAUCAACACCUAUACGUGCAAAGCAACGUUCAACUGACGAUGUAUCCAUUCGCAUUCAGGAUCCAAAAAACUACACCAAAUACGCAGAGGAUACUACAUCGCGUGACAGUGACUCGCUGAUCCAGGAGUAUGGCAACAUACCCACAGAGGAGACAAACACAUAUUGUUGGCGGCAUCCGAAGGUGCGCGAAAACUGGCGAACUGUAUUAGCGGCUGUCACCUUGCUGAUUGUCGGCACUGGCCUCUUUGUAUUCGGCACAUUCGCUGUCGCAGAUCCGGCGAACACAUCGCAGGGUGUGGUGUUCUUUGUCGCCGGUCUAAUCUGCUUCAUACCGGGCGCCUACCAUGUCGUCUACAUUUGGCUAGCAGCCAAGGGAUACAGAGGGUUCGACUUUUACCACCUGCCGUUGUUUACAUAAAACAAUGUCGACUCCAACACCGUCGACUACCAACAUAGAUGGGUAGACAACAAUGAAUAUGACAACGACGCCGAUGACUACAACAUGGGUGAUGGCAUUAAUCAAAACGUUGGCCAUGACAAUGAUAAAACUGAUAGUAGAAUGUCUUAAUACGCAUCGAGUUGCAUAUUCUCAUAUGCAUAUGUACAUGUAUGUAUGUUUAUCCAGCGUGCAGAGCUUGGCAUUAUCCUUUGCAUACAGAGAUGUUUUGUCGUCUUAGAGAUUUGGUGUUGUGUGUUAACCGGCGGCAUAGUCGAAUUAUUCAAACAUAGCUAUUAUUACGGUGGAAAUAUUGUAGUAUCCGCCGGGCUUAACAAGUAACUGAUUUUUUAUUACUAACAUCACAACAUCAUCAUUACAUCUUAACUUAUUCGUGGAGCAAGGCAGUUUCCAAGGCAAAUACACUAAAAUAUCGAAUUGUCUAGAAACAUCCGAAUCAUCCGAACACACGUCAUUUUGAUGAUGUGUAGUUUGACUAAAUUCACACAUAUAUACAUAUAUAUGUACUCGUACAUUACUUCGGCUUGGCGGGUAAGUGCACGCCAAAUUUAUAUGACUUAGAAAGCUGCGUCUCUAACUCAUCUUAGUAUCCAGAUAAAAUAUACUAUAAACGCUUCUGAUAUUGCAUAAUCGGUAUACUAUAGUAAAACGUAGAAAGCAAUGAAACAAUAAAUGUCACUCUUUUAUUUUUAUUACGUACAAAUUUCUAAAUUUCCCUAGUCGCUGGAAAAUAAUUUUGUAUUUAGUUGUUUAUCGCUGUGGACCUAGGUGUAAACAGAAAUUCGAUACAACUUGUAUGGCUACAAAUUGCAUAUGUAAAACGAAAAUUUGAAAAUAAGUGAAAUACAAUGGAAGUUUGGGGGGCCACUCACUGUUAAAGGAGCUUUAGGCGGUAGUCACACUGAAGUGGCUAAACAAAACACAAAACUACAUUUGUAAUAAAUCCAAGCACGAAACUGAUAUUUAAUACAGUCGUCUUAAAAUUUUGCAUAGAAUCCUGCGAAAUAUCUAAAUAAAAAUAUAAAAAUCAAUGCAUUAACAGUGGCCAAACGAUUCCAUUGUAACAUUUUCAAAAAAGAAAUAUUUAAAUGUAAAAUAUGCAAAAAGUUAACAAGAACGCCUGCACGCCACUAAAAAUUAAGAAUUAUAAUAUCAUCUAAGCGUAAUGCUGAAUUAAAAAGUACACACAUUUUAAAGAAAUUUACGUAACAAAUUUAGAAAUACACAGAGUGGACACUUUUGGAGGCACAUUUUUGAAAGCAACUCUUGAGUAAAAUUAAAAUCAAUUUUCAGCGAAAACAUAUUUACAAUUACUCAAUAAAACUGAUUUUUUAAAACUGUUCUGACUGUUAACUGAAAGUUAAUUUCGUUUAAAAAGCAAUUUUAAAUGUUUUAUAUACAUACGUACAUACAUAUGUACAUAUUGUUAUGAAAAAAGUUAUACUAUGAUAUACAGUGCCGUAGAGAGAAAGGAGGGGCCCGGGUAGGAUAUAGGAGAGGAUCCCCUGAUCCAUAAUUUGUUGGAGAAGCAAAUGUGCAAAAAAAACUCCAGAUCACUGUGGACCCGGGAGGAAUUGUACCAGACCCCGCCACUAUCUCGAUCACUGAUGAUGUAAAUAAAUGCUGUUUCAAGGUCUUUAUCCAUUCUACUUAUAAACGUUCUCGCUUGCAGAAACACUCCACGUAAUAUCAGCUUGAUUUACAGCGAUUGUUUAGCCCAACUGCAAUUAAAACGCCUGUUCUCCUUACAAGUCCGCACUUUCGUCAAAUUGAUAUUUACUACUGGAAUAUCAAAAUCUCCAUGGUAUCUAAAUGAAUUCGUAGAGUUGUUUAUUUUAAUGUUUUGUUUGGGAAAAUACUUAUAAUAAAAUGUAUUGUUGGGAAUGCAUGUGUGUGUAUAAUGCGAAGACUUUCUUUUUGUAAUACUUUUGUAUAAUUUCGAAAAUAUUGAAAAAAUUAAAUUAAAUAAAGAAAAACGACAUAAUUAGCUUAAGUCAGAACAUUUAAUAAUAAGUAAUAAUAAAAUAAAAAUCGAUAAGGCUUUGGAGCAACUAACUACAUAAGUAUGUAAGCUGCAAUAGCAGAAAACAGUUUAAUCGAAUGUGUUACAUAAGGCUAAAAAAUAAGAAAACCAAAAAAUUUACUUAUAUCUUUUUUUUUAUACAAAUUUUCCAUUAUUCUUUAAGCCCCACAAAUUAAGAAUUUAAUAUAUCCAUUUUAUUUUACCUACAUGGUAUACAUACAUGUACAUGUACAUGGUGUCAAAAUUGCACUUGCAUGAAAAAUAUAUUGUGAAAAAGUUUAGCUCUCUGCAAAUGCAGUGAAAUGGUUGUAGAAAACAAGAAACUAUAGCGGAAUACAUGUUUGCAAAAUGUGAAAAUGUGAAAACCAUAGUACUUGCGAUAUUUACUUUUAAUUAUUAAUUACUAAUUAUCAAUAUCCUAGUAUUUAGGUAAUCGAUCUAUGUCCCUCCACUAUUUCUGGCAAAUAUUUUUUUUAUUUCAUUUAAAAUUUUUAUAUCGAUUUAUAUAUACAUACAAUAUAUAACACAUAAUGUACACUUUUAAUGCAGGCAAUAAGCGAUAAUAAAUAUCUCGACUCUUAUUUAAAGUAAAA